CUGCCAACUAAAAUUUUGCAGGAUAUCCCAUCAACAGGUGUUGAAGAUUGGUUUACGCUGGAAAAAAGAUCAGAACGAUCAGAAGUAUCUGGGCAAGUAAAGCUGAAGCUGUGGCUGAGCACGAAGGAAGAACGAGAUGAGAAAGACGACGAUGUGACAAUUGACGUAAAGCAGCACGUUGGUCUUAUACAGCAGUUCGCUCUUCAUGAAAUCAAGCAGUCAAAUGUUCGCUUUUUCGAAUCUUCAAUUUAG